AUCGAACAUGUUUUGAAGUCUGAAAAAUACAACAACUAGUAUAACUAUCAUAAAAAUUUCAAGCAAUUCCUCGAGAAACUCUGAAUUUUCAGCGCUGCUCAGAGUGACAACCAAAUUAAGUUUGUGUUGCGUUUCAAAAUUAUUGGUUAAUCCUGAAAUAAUUUAUCAUCAUUCAAUUAAGCCAUGUUACGGGCAGGUCGCGCGAUCGGUGACCAGGACGGUGCCAAUGAUGAGCGCAUGUGCUGGAUCUGCUUGAAUACAGAUGAAGAGACCCUGCGCCAUGACUGGCUGCAACCGUGUCGUUGCCGUGGCACCAACAAAUGGGUGCACGAGGCUUGCCUCAGUCGCUGGAUUGAUGAAAAGCAGCAAGUCAAUCCGGACGUUCCGGUCACUUGUCCCCAAUGCCACACAGAAUACAUCAUUGUCAUGCCACCUGUCUGCCGUUUCGAUGCAUUGCUAGAGAGAGUGGAGAAGACUUAUGGUCUGCUUUGCCCAAGCAUAUUGAUGGGCAUGCUGGCCACUGUGGUGUAUAUAGCGACGCUCUCGUACGGCGCGCUCACAUUGCAUCAAGUGGCUGGCUACGAGACAAGCAUUCAACUAAUGAAAGAAGAUCCCACCUUGCUGAUGAUUGUUUUGCCAUCGCUGCCAGCUGCUUUGCUGCUGUUGCGCCGCUUUGACUGGGAUAAUUGGAUGGUGCGUUGGCUGCGCCGUCGACAACGGCAGACGGUGUCGUCUGAGCACUUUGAUGAGAAUGGUGACCUACUGCCCGGUGCUCCGCUAACCGACGAAUAUUUUGAUAGGCAGGAGCCGGUAGAUGAUGAUGAAAUGAUGCAGGGCGGUGCGUUGAAUGCGGAGAAUAUUGAACGAGCCACAUGCCGUUUCUGCACGGCCCUUAGUCUGCCCACCUUCGCUGUACUCAUUGGGCAGACUCUUUAUAGCAAUCUAAAUAGCAAAUUGUUGGGCAUAGUGUUGGGAGCCUUUACUUUUGAGGCUAUUAAGGGUUUAAUCUGUGUCUAUUUGCGCCAAUGCCAGUAUUACCGCCGACGAUAUCGUAGUGUGCUAGACUACACUGCGGAGAAUAUGGAACGGUCCGGCAGAGCCAUCUAGCUUUACCAGGUGCCCAUCACAAUUCAUGUUCAUUCUGAUAUGUUUCAAAUUAAAAUUGUAAUUCCAACGGAAAUCAUCUCUACCACCCGUUCCCGUUAUCGAUAAAUUAACUCGAUUACUUAUAAUGUCGCUGUCCAAAAUGAGUUUCUUUUU